CGUCAGUGAAAUAAAACCGAAAGUAUCUAGUAGGGAAAGUGAUCUGCGCGCACUACUGAACGACUUCUGAUCAACUAGAAAGACUCAUCUCAUUGUUUCUGAUAGUUUGCGUUCAAUAUGUCCAAAACUAAAGUACUGAAGGUAAACACUGAUAAUGCAGUGAAGAUUGAAAACUACCGCGAGUCUCUAUAUAAGCAGGCUGAAGAACUCUUCUCUGAUCACAUUCCUCUGAAGAUUUCACAGCUUGACAACCUGUUGAAGGGGGAUGAGUUCAGUAUCACUGACCUCUCGUAUCUCCAUGCACCCCUUGACAUUCCCAUUCCUGACCCACCAGUUCCUGAGGACGAGGAGAUGGAGACAGAUAAGAAUGAAGAUGAUGAUAAAAAGAAGAAGAAAGUUCCCAAGUGCGGCUUCAUCAAAGGAAAUGAGCAAAUUGUGAAGUUGCUUAAUAUUGUGAAACCAGAGAUAAUUGCUCUUAAGGAGACCUGCAUCACAGUCUCCUGCUGGAUUUCUCAUCUCAUCCCCAAAAUAGAAGAUGGGAAUGAUUUUGGAGUUGCGAUUCAGGAAAAAAUCCUUGAGAGAAUUAAUGCUGUGAAGACUAAGGUGGAGGGUUUUCAGACCAACAUUAACAAGUACUUCUCAGAGAGAGGCGAUGCAGUGGCCAAAGCCUCCAAAGAGACCCAUGUGAUGGAUUAUCGUUCUCUAGUGCACGAGAAAGAUGAAGCGGCAUAUUUCGAGAUCAGAGUGAUUGUGCUUGAUAUACGUGGAUUCUACGCUGAACUUUAUGAUGUCAUCAGCAAAAACCUGGAAAAAGUAACUAACCCCAAAGGAGAAGAGAAGCCCUCCAUGUACUGAGACAGAUGUUCGCUGAUGCAAAAUGUAGAGUUUAGAGACAAGUCAUCCAGACAAAAAAAGAACACAGGUUUCAUAGAUUCAGAUUACUUUACAGGUUUUACAACAUUCAACGGAAACAUCCUCAAUGCUGUUUGAAACACUGAAACGUAUUAAAGAAACAAUACUUUUGCA